AUGAACAUUUUCAUGAAUACUAUUGAAAAAAUUGAUGUUUUUGGUGUUCCAAUUUGUCUUUUAACUAAUAAAAACAAUACUUAAUUUUAAAGUAAACUGGGUGGAAUAGCAACCAUUGCUCUGGGUAGCAUCAGCCUAAUUUAUUUUUUAUAUGUUAUGAUUUUAUGGAUGAAUUAUUAAAUCAGUCCUAAUAUCAAUUCUAAGUAAUAACUAAUUGGUUAUUCUGAAUUUUAAUUAGAGGAUUCAACUAUAUAAAUUUAAUUAUAAGAUUUUUCAGGAGAUGUUGAUCCUUUUUAAAAGGAAAAUAAUAUAAUUACUCCUCUUUUAUUUACUUAUUAAGAUGUAACUAUAUAUGAUGAACCUAUACCUUUAUUUAGUAGCAAAGAAUUACCAUAUUUAAUUUAAUUGAAUAAAGGCUCUUUAGUAUUAAAUACUCUUUUUGAAUAAAAUGAUGAAAAAUUUUAAAAACAGAAAUAGUAUUUUUUAGUUUUGGCAAAAUGUUCAAGUAUUUUUGCAUUUAAUGGAAGUUAUUGCGCUGAUGAUAAUACAAUUAAUACUUAUUUAUCCAAAUAUCAUGGUUUUUUCUUUUUGAAUAUUAAAUUAAGUCAAUUUAAUUAUAAAACUAAAUAACUUGAAAAUUUCAAUAAAUUAUAUUAUACUAGUUUUGAUACUAUUAAACCUCAAUAUACUUAAAUUCUUUUGAANUUGGAUUAAGUAAAAUAUCUAUUUUUCAUAAUUUAGAAAUACUUUUUAACUUGUUUCAUGAUAUUUUUUAUAUAAUUCUUCAGUUUUCAAAAUUAAAUGAAAAACAAUAUUGAUUACAUUAAUAAAAUAAUCUUACUUAGUGUAUUUGUACCUUCAUUGGUCUGA